GAGAGUCUCGUCGCGUCAUUCUUUAUUAAACUGAUUUUAAUAAUGACAGGAAACUUUGUCUUUAUGGGCUGUUCAGCUAUUGAUUAAUGAUCGUUAUAAAACAAGAUCAAGCUUGAGUUUGGAUGGCUUUAUUCGUGUCAUUCAGUGCUGCAGUAUUUUAUUGGGUUUGUGUCGCUGUUUAAUGGAUUUAUUUCGCUCAUAUUCUCCGACCGACCAGCAGGUGCAUUUCAGGAAAGAAGCCAUUGUGCGAUCUCUCUGUCACUGGUCCUGGAUCAGUGAAUUCAGCGGAAUAUGGCAUAAAUAUGCAGCUUAUAACGUGCAACUUUUAUCAUAAGAGUCAUACGGGUGUCACAUCGUUUUAAAAGUCACCGGACCGAUGUGGGGACAGUCCGCCCGGCACUGCAGUUCAUGAUCGGCGAAGGCAUCUGUGAUCCGUACAGCUCAAUCCUGCAUCAUGCUGGCGUGUCUGCAGCCGCCGCAACAUCUGACGUGUGCCGCAAAGAUCCUCAACGCGCCCGUCGGUCACACGAGUGAUCCGAGCACCAUGCGAUCCCCGCGGUACCCGUCUGCGGCCGAGCUGGAUGCAUAUGCACAGAGGACGGCUGACAUCCCGCUAUUCAUCAAGAUCUUCCCGACCAACAUCAGGGUCCCUCAACACAAACCGAUCAACCGCACUGUCAACGGUCUAGACGUCAACGGUCUGGACGCCAGCGGGCAACGAUUCAGUCCCUACUCGAACACGUACUCUGGUGGGUACCAGGGCUUGCUGGCAGUUGUCAGGUCUUCCACGGCGGCCAAAAGUGUGUUGAAAAGCUCAGACUGUAAACGUACCAAGCUGUCGCCCAUCCAAAUGGCGGUCGCACCUUACGCUGUGCCCAUCAACCACCGGCGGCGAGCAUGUAACGUUGAAAUUUGCAAGGCCCCAGAAACGCACAAUGUACCUAGCGUUGUGAUGGCGGCAUGUGCCGUGUUUGACCGCUCGAGCCACAGAAUCAUUCAGCAAACGAGUCAUCCGUCCAACGGCCAGUGCGGAGAGACUCAUUCCAACCCAUCGUUCUUGGCAGCGACCGCUGCGUCCGGUACGGACUCUGGUUUCGCUGUAUCUGGGUACUCCAGAGCCGUGCUGCCCACUCAGAGUGCAGACGUGACCAAAGCCGUGGGAUACGUGGACGGUUUGGAUUACUGGCAGCGUGGAGCGCAGCAGCACUAUCAGCAGGGCCCGCUACGCGUAUACAGUGUCAACAGCGGCACCGGUGCGGUCAUUAGCGGCUCUCCUGAAGUCUGCAUUCCUGUCGGAAGCACCCAACUCUCCUAUAGAUCCCACACCCUCAGUACUGACCCCAGUUUAACAGGUGGCAGGCUAGACAAGGUCACUUCCUCUCCGCUGAACUGCACAGUCAUGCACGGGGAUUUCACGGCCAGACAGUUCUUCGCACCACCUUGGAAUAGCAUGAUAGGGACGCCGGACAGCGAUUACAGUUCACAAGAGGUGUGUCGGGGUCACCCUCACCUCCAUCCUAACACGGGACACCCUCAGCCGUACACGACGGACCGUGGGCGGAGUCUCGGCCUGUCCUGCGGGCUCCCCGGUAAUGGCGCGUGCCAUGCCUUGCUCCGAAGCAGCAGUCUGCAGUCGCUCGAGGGCCUGAUCAGCGAAAUACAUCCCCCUUGCAUCAAAGAGCGCAUGCUGGGUCGAGGAUACAACACGAUGGGCGUCCCACAGAUAUUCGACCAUCAGACCGCACACGUUCAACUGCCCGUGCUGAGAUAAGACACUGAUUGGUUCGUUCAUGAGCCAAUAGACUGUGUGAGACUGUAGUGAACCGCUUGGAAUAGAAGUCACUAUUAAGUGCAGGUCAGAGGUUAAAGGGUAAAGGUGAUCCUUACUGACCGUAUAGACCAUAUGUUGUUGAUUUUACCGGUUUUGACUCUGCUGCUGAUGAUUUCGGUGGCAUUACUGUACUGUGCUCAUAUUAGCAUCACGCUAGCACCAGUGUUUUUUAUGAAUGAUGUGGUUUUUCAGAUCAGCAGUGGUUUAAUCCAGGUCAUCAGAAGUGAUAUGAUAGGUGCGGGUGAGAAACAGAACAUUCUUUAACUCCUUAGAUACGAGAAUUGUUUGCGGAUUCAUUGUGCAACAUGCGCAGACCCACAAUGAAUCUGCACCUGCAGAACUCAAAGUUAUGCAGAUUUAUGCAUUGCAGCAUGCAUCAUGCACGCCCCCUUUGUUCAUUUGUUUUGUUUUUUAAUAUUUUGGAUAAUUUGAUGUAGACCUGUAGGACUCUCAGUUGUGUUUACACCCGUUCUGCACAGAAUCUGUGCGUUAAAUGCAAAUAAAACCGUCUGCAGGUUCCAUCUGGAUGUGCUCAUGAUUUAUGCGCAGUGAUGUCACACGUGCCCUCAUUUAAGUUCUUACAUUUACUGCGAUGUGAGCGGUGAUUGAGUGCUGUUGUAUUGCAUCUGUUCACACAAUCUAAAUCUGCCAAAAACACCCCAUCUGUUAAUCUGAUCACGUCUCAUCAGAUCUGAGGUCAUUUAUAUAACCUGGUUAAGUACCACUCAAUCAUAAUAGUUGCAAAGCUGUAAAGGAAUGAAUAUUUUUUUGUUGCAUGUUUUGGUUUUAGGAACAAUUAAAGGUGCUGUAAGCACUUUUUUUUUUUUUUUGCAUGGAAAAGUAUGCCAAAAAUCGACUUCUCCCUGAAAGAUAUGACUGAAAUAAGUGUUGUGAGAUAUCUCGCCGGUCUCUGUGACCGCUCUAGACUCCGUAAACAACAAACAAAAAAAAAUGUACGCUUUCUGCCUGUCAAUCAUUUUGCCCGUUCUCAUCGUAUUAUUGUUGCAAUGAAAUAACGCGGCUUAAUGCCAUUUUUAUGCCAUGUUGUUCAUAACAGUUGCCAGUUGAGGGCGCUGUUGUGCAGCUGUUGUUUUUAACAUCCAUUUCUGCUCAACUAGGUCUCAAAAAAAGCUCAUUUUGGGAUCUAGGGUGGGCGGAGUUUUUGAAAGAGGGGGUGUGGCUAAUCCAACGUCUCAGCUUGUAGAACAGCUAAAAUCACUUACAGCACCUUUAAAAGAAAACUAAUAAUAUUGGACCAAAAAUGUAAUAUUUCCUGUAUGUUAGUUGCUUCCAAUAGGAUGAUGAUAUAUUCAUAUUUAUAAGUCUUUAUUCUAAUUGUUUACCUUUUUUGUGACUAUAGUGGUUUCUAGUAUGUUCGUCUUUAUCCAGAUUCUCACAUCCACAUCAGAAUGAUUAAUUUGAUUUAAUCUGCUGAAACGGGUCUGUUCAAGCUGUGAUUGAUGCUCCAUCAAUACAUGUUAUUGAUUAAGUGCUUUGAGAGUAGUAUCAGAAAAGCGCUUUAUAAAUGUAACGUUCAUUCAUAACUGAUGUGACGCAUGAAACGAGCAUUUUAUAGAUUUUAUUCAUUAUGUUGUAUUUAUUGAUAUAUUUGUAUCAGAUCUUGUGCUGGAUAUUUGAGAUCUGUACACGAGUAGGUUUCAUUAUUUUCUUGUUUUGAUUUAUUUUUCUUAUAUUUUUGAGAUUGUUCCAGAUUGAAGCAGUUAUACGAGUGAAAUGACACACGGGCUCAAUGUUUUAAAGUGCAAUUAUAAUGUCUGCAGACGAGCUCUCUACACGAUGCUUCAGUGAAUAUUUACUAUGUGUGACUGUCUGAAAUCUCCACC